AUGAAAGUGACCAUUGGGAAACUCACUGGAACGUGUAGACUCAAGCAAGCGAGCAGGAAAACAGUGGUCCAGAAAAAGAAGAAAGAGCUCGCAUCAAUGAGCAAGUACUGGAGAAAUUCAAAAGCACUAUCGAAAAACGUGGUUUCGGCCACGUUUUUCGGCUUCCAGUCAAAAAGCCACAUGACCAUCUACCAGAUAACAGCUCAGGUAUUACGUCGUCUGAGGAGCGUAUUGCGUAAACCAAACUUCCAACAACAACAAGAAGAACCCAACAUUCUCAAACAGUACCACGAAGUAUUUCAAGUUCAGUUGAGCAAAGGAAUCCUGGAAGAAGUAGGUGAAACGGAGGAUACCAUUGGGAAACCAAAACAUUAUCUUCCUCAUCAGUCCCUUAUCACUCCACAAAAAGAUACCGCCAAAAUCAGAGUUGUUUUUGAUGCAUCGGCGCACUACAAGAACUGUCCGUCACUCAAUGACGUGGUGCAUCAAGGGCCCAACAUAAUCCCUAAACUAUAUGGCAUGCUUCUGCGCUUUCGAACUGAAAAGAAAGACAAUUUAGUCGCCUACAGAUUCAGGAGGGUUACCUUUGGUAUUGAUGCUUCACCAUUUCUCUUGAGUGCAACGAUCCAUUUCCACUUGGACAAUUACGUGCAGGACAAAAAACUUGCAACAGAAAUCGCAUCCAAUCCCCAUGUGGAUAGUCCAAUUAGUGCGGGUACAGCAACGGAAGGCGUACAUAAAUACAGAUGUUUGAAGUCGAUUAUCAACGACCUCAGAAUGAACCUACGAGCAUUUCUAAGCAACAACGUAGACAUUAUGAGAGCUAUAUCAGCUCCUGAUUGA